CGCCAUCCGGGACCGGCCGGACGCCCGCCCGUACCCUCCCCUCCGCCCCGGCCGCGCCGCGCGACGCGCGCGACUUGGUUUCCGCUCGCCUCUUUCCGCGGCACGAGUUGCUGGCGGGUCGCCCGUCCUCCUCGCCAUAUUACCGCCUCCCCGCCCCGUGACCGCGUCCCUCUUCUCCCGUCUCCUCCUACUCCUCCGCGCCCUCGCCUCAUCCGCGCUCCUAACCGCCGCUGGUUUCUCUCCACGCUACGCCACCGGAAACUUCCAGAACCCACCACCUUUCUUCCUUCCUUCCUCUUCCUCUCUCUAUCUCUUCCCGUGCCGCCGACGGUGCCCCCCAGCCAGAUCCGCGCGGCCGGCGCCGCCAUGGCCGCCGAGCAUGCCGCGGCCGCGGUGGGCGAGCCGCCGCCGCCCGCCGCCACCACGACGCAGCCUCCGGCGGAGGGCGUGACGGCGGCGCCAGCGGCGGCGGCGGGGCAGAGGUCCGUGCCCACGCCGUUCCUCACCAAGACGUACCAGCUGGUGGACGACCCGGCCGUGGACGACGUCAUCUCGUGGAACGACGACGGGUCCGCCUUCAUCGUGUGGCGCCCGGCCGAGUUCGCGCGCGACCUCCUGCCCAAGUACUUCAAGCACAACAACUUCUCCAGCUUCGUGCGCCAGCUCAACACCUACGGGUUCAGGAAGAUCGUGCCGGACAGGUGGGAGUUCGCCAACGACUGCUUCCGCCGAGGCGAGAAGCGGCUGCUCUGCGACAUACACCGCCGGAAGGUGACGGCGGCCACGGGGGCGGUCACGGUGGCCGCGGCCAUCCCGAUGGCGCUGCCCGUGGGCUCGCCGGUGUACUCGGGCGAGGAGCAGGUGCUGUCGUCAAGCUCGUCCCCCGAGCCCUCACUGCAGCAGCAGCCGCCGGCGCCGUCUGGGUCGGGCUCCGGCGGGGUGCCCUCCGGCGACGUGGGCGAGGAGAACGAGCGGCUGCGGCGGGAGAACGCGCGGCUGGCGCGCGAGCUCGGGCAGAUGAAGAAGCUCUGCAACAACAUCCUCCUCCUCAUGUCCAAGUACGCCGCCACUCAGCAACAGCCGGACGCAGCCGCCGCCAAGCAGGCGGCGGCGGCGGCCGGGAACUGCUCCGGCGAGUCGGCGGAGGCCACCGCCGCGGCGCCGCCGCCUCCGCUUCCUUCGAUCCUUGAGCUCCUCCCCUCGUGCCGCGGCGACCCCGCGCCUGACGCGGCCGUCGAGACCGCGGCGGCAGUGGGAACGGAGCACGAGGUGGUUGAGAAGGCGGGCGCCAGGCUCUUCGGCGUCUCCAUCGGGCGGAAACGAAUGCGGGACGAGAGCAACGGCGGCGUGUUCGAGGACUACCCCGCGAGCCGCGCGGCGGAGGUGAAGGCGGAGCCGGUGGAGGCCGCGCAUCCCGACCAGCGGCAGCAGGAGAACAACGCGACGGAGCCGGUGCCGCAGUCGUGGCCCAUUUACCGGCCCAGGCCCGUGUACCACCCGCUCCGGGCCUGCAACGGCUCGGGCAGCGCCGGGAGCGACCACGACGGGUCCACCAACUCGAGGUUAAACUAGAAUGAGACCUCUAAUUAGCUGGGGAUUUACUGACCGAUCCCAUGUAAAACUCCAGUGCUUAUUUGGUAGUAACUCUUUGCUAGUUUAUCUCAUAAUCACUGCAAGUAUGGAGUAUCCUUUAGACUUUGUUUGGAUGUAAUCGGAUUCGCAUCAAUCCACGUGUGUUGGGGUGGAUUGAAGUAGAACUUGAACUAAAUUUCACCUCAAUCCACUCCAACAUAUGUGGAUUGUGGAUUGAGGUGAAUCCGACAACAUCCAUUAUGCAUAGGGCGAUCCAUAAAACUAGAGGUUAACUUAUGGACUGUAGAGUAGUAACUAAUUUAUGUUCUUGUUGAAGUUGGUGAUCCAACACAACACUGGAGUUGUAAAAAAAAAAAAACACACACACACACACAA